AUGAAAUCGAGAAAAAAGGAUCCUCAUGCAUUUAGAUCUUAUCACAAAUUGCUUACAGAAAUAGUUACUUGCAUGUUCAACAUCAAAAAUUUUAAAUAUUUUUUUUAUUGCAUGAAACGUUUACUUCCUUCUGGCUCUGAACUGGAAAAAUUAAUUGAAAAUGUGUUCAAACAUUCAAUAGUAAAGUUCUACAGCAAGACAAGUUCCAUUCAUUUACAAAAGUCCCUUAUUAUGAAUGACAUGUCUAUGAAAGCCAUAAAACAAUUUGCCUCAAGGAAUUUGUGCUUCCAUUUAACUCGAUGA